UAUUGAAUGACCCACCCUCUUCCUCAUUGUGGUGAGAAACAGGCGUGUGUUUCAGGCUCUGCAUAACAUUAGAAAAGAUGGUGAAGAUCUUCGUUGGGAACCUGCCUCCACAGGCAGAAGCAGAAGAAAUAAAGUCUCUGUUUACUCAAUAUGGAGCGGUCACUGAGUGUGCCAUUAUCAAGAACUUUGCCUUUGUCCACAUGGAUGAUCGCAAAAGUGCAACAAAGGCGAUCCGAAACCUUCAUUUAUACAAGCUGCAUGGAACGCCCAUCAACGUCGAAGCGAGUCGGGGCAAAAACCAGGGCCCGGUGAAGCUUCAUGUUGCCAAUGUGGAGAAAGGAGCAGAUGAAGAGCUCAGAGAGCUGUUUGAAGAGUACGGCACAGUUACCGAAUGCGCAGUCAUUAAGAACUUUGCCUUCGUACACAUGAGCAAUUCCGAUGAGGCCAUGGAUGCCAUCAAGGGGUUGGACAAUGCUGAAUUUCAAGGCAAACGAAUUCAUGUGCAGAUUUCAAAGAGUCGACCAAGGGGCGAGGAGGAAGACUAUGGCCCCCCAGACAGUGGAUACUGGCCACCCCGUUUCCCUGGUGACCGUCCUGAGCCCCCUGGUUAUCCUAGGGGUCGCUUCGGCUAUCCCCCUGGUCCCCCUCCUCCACCACCACCCAUGCCUCCCAGACGCCCCCCAUACCCAGAGCGUGCAGCGCCGGCAUACGAGCGCGAACGCGGUGUGGUCGACUAUUACGAGAAGUACCGCGCUCGCCCUUACGGCGCCGCCUCAUAUGAGGACCGGCGUCCGGGUGCAAUCCCC